AUGAAGUCCUACAUCGAUUUUAUGGCGCGCCGGGAGUUAAUAGCUAACAAAAUAGAAAAGUUUGAUGACCAACCAGGGAACUAUCAUGUCUGGAAGGAAUCUUUCCAGAAUAUGAUUAGACAUGUCAACAUUACGCCAAGCGAGGAACUUUCGUUAAUAACCGAGCACACCACCAAGAACUCUAAAAAACUUGUUCAGCAGUUGCGCAGUGCAUAUAUUAAAAAUCCAGCAAAGGGUGUAAUAGGGGUAUGGAAGAAACUUGACGAACGUUUCGGAACCAGUAUUGUUAUAACUAAAGCAUAUCUGGACAAGCUCACAGAUUUUCCGAAAAUUGACUAUAAAGACGCAAGAAAGUUACAAGAGCUAGGUGAUCUCUUGCUAGAACUACAAUGCGCCAAAAGUGACGGUAGUUUACCAGGUCUUAGAAUCCUCGACGAAGCCAUGUAGAUUAAACCCAUAAUAGCCAAGUUACCGGGGGACGUACAAGGACGAUGGCAACGCCAUGCUUUUCGUUAUAAGACCGACCACGGAGUAGAGUACCCUCCCUUUGAAGAAUUUUCGAAAUUCGUGCAAAACCUUGCGCUUGAGAGAAAUGACCCGAAUUUGACCUUGGAGGUUCUCGGAAAGGAAAAUCAUCAGUCUAGGAAUUUAGGUUCGAGGCAAAGACAAACAUACAAAACCGAAAUCGCCGACGAAGAAGAAAGUCGCAGAAAGAAUCUAACCUGCGAUCCCAUCAGAUGGUGUGUCCUCCAUGAAAAACCGCACCGCCUAGCCAAGUGCAGAGCUUUCCGAGGCAAAUCACUUGAAGACAGAAAAAACCUGCUGAGAAAGAACCGAAUAUGCUUUCGUUGUGUGGCCUCAACAACCCAUGUAGCAAAGGAUUGUCGCAGUACCGUAAAGUGCUUGGAGUGUCAAAGUGACAAACAUCUAACAAUCAUGCAUGCGGGAAAGUCGCCGGAGCAAAAGGAACCCGAAGUAAAAGAUCCGAACGCUGACAACCGCCAAAGUCGAGACCCACCAAGUCACGGCGGGGAGAAUGAAGCCACAGCAAAGCGUACUGAGCUCUGUGGCAAUGAACACGGUGGGCGAUCCUGCUCAAAAAUAUGCCUGGCCAACAUUUAUUCCAAGACUCAUCCAGAGAAAAAGAUCAAAGCUUACGUCGUUAUCGACGAUCAAAGUAAUUGUACCCUUGCCAAACCAAAACUAUUUGACUUGUUAAGCAUAGAUGGCGAAGCCACUUCGUACACUCUAAAAACAUGCGCGGGUAAAUCCAAACUAGAAGGACGGUGCGCCAAGAACCUAGUGAUCGAAUCGUUGGAUGGGCGAAAAACCCACAAGCUUCCACCAGUAAUAGAGUGUGACGCCAUUCCAGAUAGUACAGAAGAGAUUCCUACGCCUGCUGUUGGCAGGGCACACCCUCAUCUCAGAGAAAUUGCUGACAAGAUUCCAGAAAUUGAUCCUGAAGCUGACAUUUUGCUGUUGGUAGGAAGAAAUGUGCCUCAGCUCCACAAGGUCUACGAAUCGAGAAACGGGAAAGGUGCCUCCCCAUGGGCACAGCGUUUGGACCUAGGAUGGGUGAUCCUGGGCAAAGUAUGUCUGGACGGCGCUCACCAACCCGAUGAUGUGUCAUCGUAUAAGACACACAUAUUACCAAACGGACGGCCUUCGAUUUUAGAACCUUGCCCUAACGCCUUGAUUGUGAAACAACCUCCUGAGUAUGAAUCCAACUUUAAAGGAAAAGAGACGUUUAGUAAUGGUUACUUUGAUGACGGACUCGCAAAGAACGUUUUCGUACGCACGGAAAAAGACGAUAAGCCAGGAAUGUCCGUGGAGGACAGGAAGUUUGUGGAUAUAAUGGAAAGAAAUUUGGAGAAGAACGACGCUGGAAAUUGGACCGCACCGCUGCCGUUCCGUCGCGAAGUGAUAACCUUGCCCGAAAGUCGCGGAGAGGCGUAUAAGAGACUUAAAUCUACAAGGAAAACGCUGGACCGGAACCCGAUAAUGAAACAACACUACUUCGCAUUCAUGAAGAACCUGUUUGACAAAGGACACGCCGAACCAGUGCCGCCACAAAACCUAACGUUGCUUAAACCGUGUUGGUACCUGCCACACUUUGGGAUAUAUCAUCCGCAGAAACCUGAUAAGAUCCGUGUGGUGUUCGACUCCGCUGCCGAGAAUGGUGGUAUAUCCCUGAAUAAGUUGCUUUUAUCCGGUCCUGACCUUGCGAACAGUCUCCUCGGAGUUUUGUUGCGCUUCCGGAAGUAUUCUACUGCCUUCAUGGCAGACAUAGAACAAAUGUUUUACUCCUUUGUUGUCCCUGAAGACCACAGGGACUUCUUACGGUUUCUCUGGUAUGGCAACAAUGAUCCAGAUGGGGCAAUAGUAGAGUACAGAAUGAAGGUACAUAUAUUUGGAAAUACCUCUUCGCCAGCAAUUGCCACCUUCGGUCUACGUAGGACAGCAGAGGUCAGAGAGCCGGAGUUUGGUUCCGAUGCAAGGGAAUUCGUUGACAACGAUUUUUACGUGGACGAUGGUUUGAAAUCCAUGCCAAACAGCCGACAAGCCAUCGACCUAUUGAAACGCACUCAAGCAAUGUUAGCCACAGGGAAUCUACGUUUGCACAAGAUAUCGUCCAACGAUCCGAAAGUAACGGACGCGUUUCCUCCGGACGACAGAGCUGCAGACCUUCGUGACCUCGAUUUGAACCACGUCAACGCUCCAGUUCAGAGAUCGUUAGGUGUUUCAUGGGACCUCACAGCGGACGCGUUUACUUUCACGGUGAAAGUAGAGAACAAGCCAUUCACCAAACGUGGCGUGCUAUCAAUUAUUAAUAGUCUCUACGACCCACUUGGAAUCGCAGCACCGGUGCUAAUUCAAGGCAAGUGCCUACUCAGAGGCAUGACAGAGCAAUUGAAGGAGAAGCAACUUGAAGAAUGGGACUUGCCGUUACCGCAGGAGCUGAAGGCAGUUUGGGACGAGUGGUGCCAAUCCCUAAUCGAGUUGCAGCGUCUAAAGUUAACCCGUCCUUACACCACCGCGCUCGAUAAAGCAAGCCAUAUAGAACUGCACACUUUCGGUGAUGCGUCUGUCCAAGGUAUCGCCGUUGUCUCCUACCUCAAGAUCACCCAACCCGAUGGACGAAUUGAAGUGUCGUUCGUUUUUGGUAAAGCCAAGCUAGCUCCACCACACGCCACAACAAUUCCUCGCCUCGAGUUGUGCGCAGCGGUGCUUGCUGUCGAAAUAACCGACAUGAUUCUGAACGAACGCGUUGUACAUCCAGACCGGGUCAUAUACCAUUCGGAUAGCAAAGUCGUGCUGGGGUAUAUCGCUAACAAAACUCGAAGGUUCUACGUUUACGUCACUAACCGAGUUGAACGGAUAAGAAAAUCCUCAUCACCUUCCCAAUGGUGCUACGUUUCAACGCAACACAACCCCGCAGAUCUUGCAACUCGCCCAAUAAAGGCCAAAGACCUCGAAAGUUCAAUGUGGCUUCACGGUCCACAGUUUCUUUACCAGCAGAGUCAAUCAGAGCCUGAAGGGACUCCACCAAAUCUCACAGUAGUCCAGCCGGACGAUCCUGAAGUUCGCCCUGAGUUGAAAACGCUAUCAACGACGGUCGGAAAGGUUACACAUCUCGAAACACAUCGAUUUAGUAGAUUUUCUGAAUGGUCCCGUUUGGUACGGGCUAUCAUAUACCUCAUCACCUUCGUACGACGCUUUCGAAUGAAUCGUGCUAGGAAAGGAAUAGCCCGGCGAAAGGAGAGCCCGCCUAUCGAACAGUCUAUCAGUAGCAUUCUCGACACCCGGAGACAAGCUGAAAUAGUGAUAAUCAAAAGCCUGCAAAAGGAAGCGUACGGCGAAGAGAUCGAGUGUAUCCAACAUAAAAAGAAAAUGGCGAAAGCAAGCGUGCUUCUUAAGUUGAGUCCAAUCAUUGAUCCACAAGGACUGUUGUGUGUGGGCGGUCGUCUCGAACGAGGAGAAUUACUAACCAAUGAAGAGAAACACCCAGUGAUACUGCCGGGACAACAUUAUGUUACAACUCUAGUUGUCGAGCACCUCCACCAUGAAAUUAAGCACCAGGGGCGAUACUUCACACAAGGGAUAAUAAGAGCAAAGGGAUAUUGGAUAAUCGGCGGAAAACGGCUUGUCAACAGAGUCAUCUACCGUUGUUUCAAGUGUCGAAAACAGAGAGGGAAAUUACAAAAUCAGAAGAUGGCCGACCUGCCGACCGAACGAUUAACGCCAGCCCCUCCAUUCACAUACGUGGGUUUAGACGUCUUCGGGCCGUGGCAAGUUACAACUCGGAGAACCAGGGGAGGAGCUGCUCAAAGUAAACGAUGGGCCGUAAUUUUUACCUGCCUCACCGUAAGGGCGAUCCAUAUAGAGUUGAUUGAAUCCAUGGAUACCUCGAGCUUUAUCAACGCCUUGCGUAGAUUCUUCGCCGUCAGGGGUCCCGCCAUCCAACUCCGCUCCGAUAACGGUACCAACUUCGUGGGAGCGUGGAACGAAUUGAAUGCCGCGUUUAAAGAAAUAAAUAAGAACACCGUCGACACCUACCUGAGCAAAGAACGCUGUGAAUGGGUUUUCAAUCCUCCCCAUGGAUCCCAUAUGGGCGGUGUCUGGGAGAGAAUGAUCGGAAUUGUUAGAAAAGUCUUAAACGCCAUGCUAGCCGAUCUUGGAUCAAGGCACCUCACGCACGAGGUUCUCACCACCCUUAUGGCCGAAAUAAUGGCUAUCGUCAACAGUCGACCCUUAGUACCAGUUUCCACCGACCCGACCAUGCCUGAGAUCCUUACGCCUUCUACGCUGCUAACCCAAAAAACUUCAACUUUGAAAGCUAUCCCGGGAGAAUUUACAGCGACCGACCUUUGUAAACAUAACAAGCAAUGGAGACACGUACAACACUUAGCGAAUGUUUUUUGGUCGAAAUGGCGAAAAGAGUUCUUGCCCACACUGCAGCCGCGUCGGAAGUGGCAAGAAGAAGUUCCAAAUCUUGAAGCAGGAGACCUCGUGUUAUUACGUUGUAAAGACGUCGCAAGAAAUGAAUGGCCACUCGCCCAAGUAAUAAAAGCGUAUAAAAGCGCCGAUGGCAAAGUACGGAAGUUAAAUUUGAUUACCACCAGGGACGGUGCGAAGCACAUAUACACUAGGCCAGUAACUGAAGUCGUGCUGCUCAAAACUGUGCAUGAGUUAAAAUGAUCAGGACUAACUUUAAUUAAAAACGUUCGUUUGAUUGUUUAAAUUAAUAGUGGUAUCAUUAGAUACCAGACGGGGAGUGUUCUGGCCGUUCGGCCUGUUCUUGUUAACAGUUCGCGCCAAUUACAUUUUAAUGCAUUCUAAUUGGUUAGUCACCCUCGCUGCUGGGGGUGACUCGAAGGUUGUUAUUGUAAGAUUCUUUGUAUUGUUUGGAGGCGAUUCGCAGUCGAUUCUCCUUUUACCACUGUAACACAAAUAAAAUCACUUUAAAACAAAUUUGUGUUGGUUAUACUGCUGAUGAAGGGUCUCACUGAGCGGGGGCCCGAAGUAUCAGAACAGAAACAACAUCAAAACCACUAGUUAAUCCAACGAAACUCUGUCGGAUUACAGGGGAUGGCAAUUGUUUAUUUAGAGCACUGUCAUAUAUUUUAACCGGUAGACAAACAUACCACAUGAUUUUAAGACAAAAAAUAGUGGAUCACAUGAACAGUAUAGAACAUGUCCUUAGACCAUAUAUGAAUAGUUCAGUAGAUCAUUAUUUAGCCACAAGCAACAUGAGGAACACUGGUGUGUGGGGGACUGAUAUUGAAAUUUUUGCAGCCAUUCCCUUUUCAAUGUAGAUAUUUAUGUUUAUUCACAGUUUGGUAACAAUUAUAAAUGGUCUAAAAAGAAAAAGAACAUUGGACACUGAGGCAGCAUUACCACCUGGAUUUACUUACACUGUACUGCCAUUGGACAGCUACCUGUACCGUUGUAUCAAUAAGGGUGCUGUUUUAUAGUUGUUCUGUUUACAUUUUUCUGUUCAACACUGUACACUGUACAUCGUACAGCUACGGUCGUUGAUGCAGCAUGUACUGUAUUGGUUACAGCUUUAUACUUAUAGCUAUCAUGUUUAAAUUGUCCUGUUCAACACUCUAGAUUGGACAGCUACGGUCAUUUGAUAUAUUACAUUGGGGACAGCUUUAUACUUAUUAUAGUUAUCAUGUUUAAAUUGUCAGUCUGUUUAACACUGUACAUAUCGGAAAGCCACGGUCAUUGGAUGUACUGAUACUGACUGUAUUACGUACAGCUUUAUAUUAUUCUGUUGAACACUAUACACACCUGACAGCUACGGUUAUUGUACUUUUAUAUAGAUUUGAUAGUGUGUAGUUUUAUAAUAAUCUAUUCAGAUUGUUUUUUCAAGACUGUUGAUAUUGGUUAGGGACCGGUCAUUAUUUAUGGAAGGGGGGAGGGGAAUUUUUUCUUUUCUAAAUUUUUAAAAUUGAAAGCCCCCCCCCUAAAUGGCAGAAAUUUAAUGAUGCCCCCCCUGCCAUAUUAGAAUAUUUUUCUUUGACCCCCCCGCCCCAUUUUCAUUUUUACUCGUCAAAUGGGGAUACCCAGGCGUUAUAGUAUUUUAAUUAUUAAAUAAGAAUAUGGAACUGGCAAGAUAUUAACGUCGACCAAAAAUAUAUAUUUAUUAGCAGAAAAUUGUAAUUAAAAGAGGAGUAUUUUUAUAUAUAACACUAAAAUCAGGUUUCCAUUUGGUCUGGGCGAUCGUAACCAUGUUUAAGGCUGCAACUAAACUUGAUGGUACGAAGUAUUGCCAUAGCAGCUGCGCGGCAACAAUGAGAGCAACAAUGAGUAAAAUUAGCAGCAAAAGGAGAUAGGAAUGACAAUUCUGCCAAGGCAUACCUGCGAAAUACAGUGUAUAGUGGUCUAUACAUCCUAUUUUAUGUGAGAUUAAAAAUUAUAUAAAAAUGACAUAUACUAGCUACCAGAAAAAUCUUUUAGAAUGAACAUGGGUGGGUGGGUCGGGAAAAGGUAUCGAAGCGCAAAACUUGCUGCAGCUAGGCAAAGCAUACAAUGGUAGAAUGAAUACCUAGACCGAAGCACUGAUCACAAGGCAUGAAACAACCCCCUUUGAUCGAUAUGACGUCACAGAUUCCCCGCAGCGGAUGUGACCUGCAUAAUACAAACGCCGUUAACCUUGCUUAAUUUAAAUGUAUUUAACCACAUCAAGAGCUGAUGUAAUAAUACAUUGUCAAUUUAAGUAGUCUGCAAUCCGUAAAGACUGAUUUGCAUACUGCAUACAACACACACAAGACAAGAUGAAUCCAGACUAUUUCACAUCAGUGACCAUGAUUUAGUUGCAACAUUUACAACCAAAUGGAUACCAGGUUAUUAAGCAAAUUCCUUCAAGUUUAAUUGCAACACCCCCUGUCAUUUUCUUGAAAAAAUUUAAUAGCCCCCCUUCUAGUCAUUUCUACAUAUGCCCCCCUUAUUUUUUUCCUCCCCUCCCCCCUUCCAUAAUUAAUGACCGGUCCCUUAUUGUUAAAAUCGAGGAUGUCGUUAAAAUUAAACUUUAAACCUGUAAGAUCUUCGGGAACAUUUUAUAUUAUGUUGUGUUUUACCAAAAAAUGUCCUUGCCCUUGCACGGUUCCCAUUUGUAAAAAACUGCUUUAAACUUGUAAGCUGCUUGCAGAAUGUUAUCGAGCCACAGCCAUAGUUCAUAUUUUCCCGUACGAAUCAAUAACAUUUGACGUUCUCUUGUGAUUUUUUACUGUUAUUUUCUUUCAUAUUUAUGUCAAAUUCGAAAAAUUAUACUUCCAUUCCAUAGUUGUCUUCACGGAAUAAACCUUUAUAUUGACGUUAAAAUUUCAGUAAAAUACUGUUUUUCGCUUCUGGAUAAACACCACCGCUACGUUGUCAUUUUUUCCACACAAAAACGGGAGAAAAACCGGUCGCUUUUAUAAUAUACUCGUUUACCGCUUUCGUUGUGGGCACAAAGUCUUAAAAUACACACAAAAAUCGUUAUAAAUCGCAAAAAGCAACAAGAAACAAGCCGCUAAAGUCGACACAAUAGCAUCUGAAUUUGGCUUGUCAAGCAGUUUUCGCUUGUUUUCCCGCGUUUUGUUCCCGUAUCCUAGGAUACGAGGCCUCGUCACGAUUUAUGAAUAAGGUCUAUGCCACAGAUUAAGAGGACCAGAUGUCCGACUUCAGUCAAAAAAGCGUAAGGGCCAGUUAUUUUUAGUUCAAUGGUAAGGGCCAGUGAACUCUAAUAAUAACUGGAAGGCUAAGUCAGGGGGGGAAGUUGAAGCCGUGCUUGAAGCUUUUUUUGUAGGUAGACCCAGUCCUUUUUAAUUUUCUUUUUCAAAAUAUGCACAUUUUUUGAUCAGAAAAAUCUUGCCCCAAAACAUUAGUUAUACUACCAAAUUUAAUUUAUAUCAGUAGUAUGAUAAAUAAAUUUAAUAUUCGCAGAGCAAACAAAUCACGAAUUAGCAAAAAAAAUGCGAAAAACACGACCAUAAGCAUGAACGGUCUGGAAAACCGCGCGUUUUAGGCUGCUUUUUCUGAGUUUUUGGAAGUUUAAGGUAAAACUAAGACGUCAUACCUCAGGAAUUUUUUAUACCCAUGCAAAAUACAUAUGUAUGCGAAGUUUCAAGAGGAUUUCACGUUUUAAGGUCGAAAAAAAAGCAUUUGAAAAUUGACAAAAAUAUUGCCAUAUUCAAAGUGCUCAUGGUGGCCAACAAGAUGCCGAUGACGAAAAUAACAUCACUUGAAAAACGCCAAUUUAUUUAUGUUUAAGAGCGACUAAAACAAGGACUAAAAGCUCAGGAUCAAUAACAAUACCUGGGGUUUAAUACAACAUAAGUUUUGGGACUGUCAAAAUGUUUUAUAGUAUAUAUUUUUGGUUUGAACGGCAAGAUUUCCUUCGGCACGUCCAAACUUUCGUCAUUUUUUCAAAAUACAAAAGCAAAAUUCCUUACUUUUUGCUGCAGAGAGAUGUAAAACAGUCGGAACUAAUCGGAAACUUGGUUUAAAUCCCAAUCAUUGUUGUAUUCCCAUGGGAAAAGUGUUUUUCUUGCAAAUUUUUGCUCGAAAACAAACUUUUGACAGAAUUUUUUUCACUCCUCGAAACUCUACUUAAAGGCGGUUUUCCACUAGGCGAAAUUUUUCGACCGAAUCGAAAUUUCUCUUUGUUUCAUGAGCUCUCGAGCAGAACUAAUUGUAAAAAGACAAAGAGAAAUUUCGUUUCGGUCGAAAAAUUCCGCCUCGUGGAAUCCGGCCUUAAGGCCUAAUUCCACGACAAGCGAAAUGCGAAAAAUUUCGAGCGAAAACACACUUGUGCGAAAAUUUUCUCUCGUAGCGAUUUCCACACUUGGAGAAAAAAUUCGACAAAACACAAGCAUUUGAUUGGUUUCGCUAUUUUGUCAUCCAAAAGACAAGCAUUUGAUUGGUUUCGCUAUUUCCAUUUCGCAAGGGAGUAGAAACGAAUUCAACUACCCGGCGAAGAGAAAUAUUUCGCUGAGGAACAUUCCCAAAUCAUGUUGCGCAUGCGUUCAACCUUUUCGCGCGAAAUUUUUCGCAUUUCGCUCGUCGUGGAAUUAGGCCUUUAGUCCUUUUGAAAGCUGAUUUUCCCGCGCGCCGGCUUCAACGAAUCAUAGACUUUCAUCAUAGGAGUUAGCCUUCCAGUUAUUAUUAGAGUUCACUGGUAAGGGCUUCGUCACCGCGCAUGCCGUACUGCGCAUAGCUUAGCAAGUGACUAGAGGCAACACCGCGGAAAAACGUCUGCGCAUGCGUCAACCUUACCUGUAAUAGUAUUGCGAACUUGAUGAGAAGCUGUUCCGAACGUUUCCGAAGGCUCAAAAUGGCGGUAAAAAGGAGUGACUUCAUUGUGCAUCUUUACAGCCAGAUUUCGGGCGCGAAAAUAAACAUGUCAUUCUAAAAACUAGGAAUAAAUACAGCCAGAAGGUUCAAGAAAUUGUUAUGUACAAGAACAUGAACUAAAGGUGAUUAUUGACAAAUUUAUCGUCUGAAACAUUUUGUUUAUCAACUAAGCAACGACAAUUUCCGUAUUUUCGUUUGAGAUACAUUUCUUUAAAAAAAACUGUGUCGCCAAAUAUAAAAAAAUUUCGUGUUCACAAUAAUUAAACUUCAGGAUUUAUUCUACAAUUUGAGUGGGUUAAGAAGCUUAACUUUUCGCGAGUUUUCUUAAAGGUAGGUUACAGUCCCUUCUGCGCAUGCGCGGGCUUUGUUUACGUUUUUUAUUUUGAUCCACAUUAAUUAUAUAAGAUGAAGUAUAUGACGAGUUCAAAGUAACAUUCCACAUAAUUUGUGACCGAGGAGUGCAAUGUUUGACAAUACUUCGCUUCAUUUCUUGUACAUUUCUACGCUGGAAAUUUUUGAACACAAUAACACAAUCUUAUACUGUAACUGUUUAACUGUAAACAUCGUGAGUACAGUUAUAAAGAGGCCGCUUUGAACGUUGUGCGACUUGCAGUGUUGUUGUUGUCAUUAUGACAGAAGCGCUUGGCCUUGGGGAAAGCUUUUCGCUUGACGAAAUUCGAAACAAGUGUGAUUGAGAAUGUGGUUGCAGUUCCUGUCUUCGUGGCAAAGCCAAGGGCGAAAUUUUUGACCGUGCAAAUGCCGGAUAAACAACUUUUGUUCAAGCUCGUGCACGCUAUGGAGAUGAGUUCGUUAUAA